UGAUAGUAUACUUCUGAAUUUUGGUUGUGAAUACGAACAAGAAAACACCAGUGAUCUAUUUGGGUAAAUUUGGCAGAUAGGAACAAGCUAAGCUUCAAGGGUCUUCUUCCAAUUUUCAACUACUCUGAAGUGGAAAAAUAUGAGGUAUAGCUUAUCUGAAAGGUCUGUCAUGAAUCGAGGGCUAUGCAUCCUGCCCAAUGCACCGUUUACUCCAGCAAUGAACAUUUAAACCCGGUUCUGCUUGCAAAUGAAACCCUGACCAGCGUUUCAGCUACUUUCUCUUCCAAAACUCGCGGAGUUCGUGCUAGUUGGAAGUAAUACGAUCAGCUCAACUCUAGCUCUGAAUGCCAUCGCCGGUUCUCUAGUUUCCAGGCCUUGGAGGAAAGGAAAGGUGAGGCGAAGCAAGACGAGAAAUCAGCCUCUGCAGGAAACGGCCGCUGCCGUCGCAUCACCAGUUCUUCACGCAGAGCCGGAGCUGCAGUUUCCUCGCGGAACGCGGGAAGGAAACCGCGCGCUUGCUAGUUCCCGCCGCCACUGCCGCUGCCGCCAUGGCCCAGUUCUUCUCGCUGGCCGAUUGCGAAGUGAUCGGCUUCGAUCUGGAUCACACGCUGUGUCGCUACAACCUGGUGGAGAGCGCCCGGCUUAUAUAUGACAGCUUCGCUCAGUAUAUGGUGAAACAAAAAGGAUACGAUAAGGAACUUCUGGAUGUGAUGCCUGAAAACUGGGAUUUCUGCUGCAAGGGCUUGGUGCUGGACCUGGAAGAAGGGAACUUUCUUAAACUUGCAGAUAAUGGAACCAUUUUGAGGGCAAGUCAUGGCACAAAACGUAUGACCUCUGGAGAGAUCUUGGAGAAGUAUGAAAGGAGGGAGUGGAAACACUUUAAGACAAUGAGUGGAAUGGUUUCUCGUUCAGCUAAAUAUUAUGCCUAUGACAAUUACUUUGAUCUGCCUGGAUCACUUCUUUGUGGACGGAUUGUGGAUGGUUUAGACAAACACAGCCCUAGGAGAAAAUAUGACUUCUGGAAGGAUAUGGUUGCUGCCAUACAGUAUAAUUAUAAAACGUCAGCUUUUAAAGAAAACUCUGGGAUGUACUUUCCUGAAGUGAAAAGGAACCCAGGAAAAUAUAUACGGUCUUGUCCUGAUUCUGUCAAAAAAUGGUUAAGAAGAUUGAAGGAGAGUGGAAAGAUUCUGCUAUUAAUUACUAGCUCUCAUUCUGACUAUUGCAGACUAUUAUGCGAGUACACUUUAGGGAAUGAUUUUGAAGAUCUUUUUGACAUUAUAAUCACAAAUGCCCUGAAACCUGGUUUCUUUUCUCGGACACCAACUCAAAGACCUUUCCGGAGUCUGGAGAAUGAUGAAGAACAAGAAGCACUCCCAACCCUGGACAAACCUGGCUGGUAUUCCCAAGGUAACUCAACCCAUUUGUGUGACUUGCUGAAGAAGAUGACUGGCAAAAUAGAACCAAAGGUCGUUUACUUUGGUGAUAGUAUGCACUCAGAUAUUUUCUCAGCUCAUCACUAUUGUAACUGGGAGACUGUCCUUGUUUUAGAAGAGCUUGGAGGAGAUGGUGGUUUGGUACUUACAGAGUCAAGGUCUGAACCCUUAGAGAAGAAGGGAAAGUAUGAGGGACGUCAACCCAAAGCACUCCAUUCCAUUUCUAAACAGUGGGGUUCUUUCUUUGUGGAUACUAUUUCAGGAAAAGAAAACGAAGAGGAAAUCUUAGUAAAUACGUGGUCUUGCAAAUCUGUUCGUACUUAUAGCACAAUUACAAUCCCAAGUAUUGAAGCCAUAGCAGAUUUACCACUGGAUUAUCAAUUUCCUAGAUUUUCUUCAAAUAGCUCAAUAACUACUGGUUUCUACCCCAAACCUCCAAAGUCUUUAUCAGGUGUUGAGUGAAUGGCAACCAAAUAAAACAUCUUUCAAGAAAAGCAAAUCUGAAUUUUCAUCAUGCUUAAGCAGAAAUGUUAGAAGCUACUGAGAAUCAUGUAAAUUAAAUACCAUAUCAAUUCAAAAGACAGUUUGGAAAGGACCUAACCAGGCUGAAGAAAAAGAAGCUUCCUAUUUUCCUAUUGUUUGUGAUACAUCAGUCUACAACAGGGGUUCCCAACCUUUUCUAUACCCUGCACCCCUAGAAUGCUUCUGAUAUAUUCUCACACCCCUUACAAAAGUAAAUAAUUAUAUGCAUGUAAUUAUGCAUAUAUACUAUAAUUUUGAAACUUCUAAACCCAAGUUUUCGCACCCUCUAGAAUAUCAUCUCGCACCCCUGGAUGGGAACCCCUGGUCUAAAAUGUUUUUUUUUUUAAUCCUGUUUUCCGAAAAUUUGCUGCAGACUUACAGUCAUAUCCUGGGUAUCUUUGCCACUUCAUGCAUUACAUGGCCACUUUGUAUCUGUAAUAACACAAGGGGAGCAUGUGCCAUUAACUGUGAGCAAUAUUCGAAGAAAGCUUUGUACAUACUCGGUCCUGGGGCGUUUCUUCAUACUGAAAAAAGUGGUAUAUAUGUGUGAAUAGGUCUGAUAGACUGAGGAUUUUGAGGAUUAUGCAGAAAGGGCUGAAUUCCUCCACAACUAGGAAGGAUAAUAAUUAGCCUUUCAUUUCAAAGUCUGAUUAAAUUUUGUAGCGUGAAAUAUAUUUUUAAUAAUCUGAAUUGGAA